AUGGAUGAGCCGGGCAGCAUGAACAGCAGCCUGCAGAGGAAGAAGCCGCCAUGGCUCCAACUCGACAUCCCCACCAUCCGCCUGACACCCGACGACACGCCCGCACUCACACAGAAUAAUGUUAACAAUGAUUUCUCUCCCUCCCUCCCUCUCUUCCUGCAGAGCACCCUGGCGGUGUGGGUGAAGUGGCCUCAGCACCCCAGUGCUCCUUAUCUGAAUAACACACUACGGCAACACGGGGCCGUCUGCCAUCAGGACCCCAGGAUUUGUGUGGAGCCGGCCUCAGUUUCCCCUCAUGAGUGGCCUGAUGACAUCACCAAGUGGCCAGUUUGUACACGAUACAACUCUGGGAAUCACACCAACCUCCCCCACAUCGACUGCACCAUCACAGGCCGGCCCUGCUGCAUCGGGACCAAAGGACGAUGUGAAAUCACUUCCAGAGAGUACUGUGACUUCAUGCACGGCUACUUUCACGAGGAGGCUACUCUCUGCUCACAGGUGAGGCUUGAACUCACAACCUCGGCAUCACUCUGCAGGUUACUGUCUUAUAAGUACCGCGCGCUGACCGAUUGCGCCACUGGAGCCUUCCUUCACUCAUAUGGAGGUCAAAUUAAGCAUCGAAGUUUACAAGUUUCAGCUCGUUGA